AUAAUGAAUUCUAAGAAACUUUAGAAAAAUGCAUAAAGCUGGCACUGCGCUUUGAGCUUUUUAUUUAAAAUUGCAAACAAAAAGUUUCUGAAACUGAGUUGCUAUUGGAACAUUGGUAUCACAAGAAAGAUUUUAAGCAAUAGUGGUGUUUAAAAGGGUAUACCAUACUCGUAUAUUAAUAUUUUGGUGAUAAACAACUCGUAUGAGUUUGAACAAUAUCAUACAGAAGAUAAACAAUAAGAGGAAUAUAGAUUAAAAAUGAAGAUAAGUGCAGCGCUCAUACUGUCACUCAGUAUAAUUUCCAUAAGAUAUCAUUGCACAAUGAGCAGUAGCUGGGAACGCAUUCGUCUUCGUGUCGAGACCAAAGAGGGUUUCGAGCCGGUUAGCAAUAAUAGCGUAAGCGCUGACGUGCGCACUAUAUCCGCCCAUAUAUUGGACACCACAGUGGGUCAGGCGGCAGCAAAUGUCAACAUUACCGUUUACCGUCUAGAGGGCGAAAAUAAUUGGCAGAAACUAAGUGAAGCAACCACCAAUCAAGAUGGUCGUGUGAACCAAUUAGUGCCCGCAACGGGCUACAAAUCCGGCAUCUAUAAGUUACAUUUCGACGUGAAACCAUAUCAUACUGAACGUGGCAUUAGCAGUUUUUAUCCCUUUAUUGAAAUAGUAGUGCUCUGUGAACAGGGUCAGCAUUAUCAUAUUCCAUUACUAUUGAAUCCUUUUGGCUAUACGACUUACAGAGGUACUUGAAUGAAUGUGAUAUUAAAUAAAUGGAAGAAUUUUUUAAGAAACCUGUAA